AUGGCCGAGUACGAAGGUGAAAGCCUGGCAAGAUGGCCACAGUUGAAUCGUUUUAAUCUGGCCGACCAACCUCAUGGCCACACGAUUCACGCGAUGCAGCAAACCGGGUUCCAUACAUGGGGAUUUGUCAUUUAUAGAUGCACGUAUUCCGACGACGCUGCCUGGAAUCGAUACCUUGCGUUUAUGCACAAGGAAAUCGCCUGGUCCCUUGGAGUCUGCGGCACAGACCUUCUCUUGACCCAAUAUCUUGACAUGACCGUUGUUGAGGACCCAUCAACAUUGAACAACGCGCUCAAGGCGGCGGUGCGAGACCAUUUCGAGACUUGGGUCGAUGCCAAUCAAGACCAGGAAAAGGGUGGCCCCGGUUGGGACAACCCGAUUGCACAGUCCAUCCCUAGAUUUCGGUUUUGCAUCUACGUGGACCAAAAAUGUCUCGAUACUCUCCAGAAACGUGUCGAGUGGGAAGGUUCUAGCUCCCGAAGCGGUCGGUCGCCGGCUGUUGUUUGUGCCAUGAUUGACUUGGAUUGUGAGCCUGGAGGAGAAGGCCGGGGUGGAUAUCCCGAUCUUGAAGGUUGCACCAGGGAGUAUCCCGGGUGGAUGUAUCUUAGUCUUCGCAUGAUCCCCGGGCAGGAGAGGUUGACGGAUUCACGUGGGAGAAUUCUCAGGCCUCCCGAGAUAUAUCCUGAGGGGUCGCACCAGUCUAUGCCUGUCUAA